GGCGCCUAACUGAAGCAUUCCUUUCGCGACGCGUAAAAUCCAUUUUAAAUGAAUGGUCUAUUUUUUUUCCUUAUCAAGUUGGCUACACGCUAAGUAUCGAUUCUUCAAAAGUGUUGUGUUUUGUCGCGUUGAAAGCACCGUUUUUAUACCUAUUCAUGUGUGUUUCUUCUGGCUCCUUAGCUAUCAUUUAUAGGCUAUUCUAUUCCGUCACAGACAGACUUGAAGGUGCAACACAUAGCCUAUAGGAUUUUUGGUUGAUUUGACCAUUAGUUAACUUAGAAACAGUACUUUACUUUGGUUAGACAAUAGAAAUACAUCAUAGGAGUGAUUCGCUUCAAAAAAUCUAGUCUGGAGUAACUCAACAUUUGACACCGAUAUGUUUAGUGUUUAAAGACGUCAAUUAGUUUAAGACAGAUGCAAAGGGCAUCAGAUUAUAUGAUGAGCUGCAAACCUAGGUGCAGACACAAAGUGCUUACAUAGUGUCUUGGGUCAAACAAGACACACAUAUAAAAAGUUGGCUUUGCGAUACUCAAAAGAACUAUCUUCUAAUAGCAACUACGUCCAUACUUCUGUUGGAGUUCUGUGUUGGAGAUUACAGAAUAAAAGGAGAAUGCAGGCAGGACACGGAUCAUAUCACAACCUGAGGAUUGUUCUACUGGGUAAAACUGGAGCAGGAAAGAGUGCCUCAGGAAACACCAUCAUGGGACUAAAGGUCUUUGAAGAAAAUGCUGGUUUUGGAUCUGUUACUAAUGAAUGCAAAACACAUUUUGGAGAGGUAGCCAGUAGACAGAUUACAGUGGUCGAUAUCCCAGGAUUGUUUGAUACAAGAAAGACAGGAGAUGAGCUGAAGAGUGAGAUAGAGAAAUGUGUUGAGUCAUCUUGUCCUGGGCCCCAUGUAUUCCUGCUGGUGAUCAGAUUAGGGGUGAGAUUCACAGAGGAGGAGAGAAACGCAGUGAAGUGGAUUCAGGAGAACUUUGGUGAGAGAGCGGCACAGUUCACCAUGGUGCUGUUCACUCACGCUGAUCAGCUGAAUGGGAUGCUAUUGGAAGAUGCUGUAAAGUAUUCUGAGAUUCAAGAUAUCAUCAAAAGAUGUGGUGGUGGAUAUCAUGUCUUCAGUAAUAAAGAAAAAGAAGACCAGACUCAAGUGAACAAGCUGCUGGAGAAGAUUGAAUCCAUGGUGGAGAAGAAUGGAGGAGAAUACUACACAAACCAGAUGUACCAGGAGACUCAGGAAAAGAUUAGAGAAGAGGAGGAGAGGAAGAGACAGGAGGAGGAGAGAAAAAGAAAGGAGUAUGAGGACAAGAUCAGGGAAGAGGAAAAGAAAAUGAGAGUGAAAGCUGAAAAGAUUGCAGAAGAGGAGAGGAAAAAGAGAGAGAAAGCUGAAAAGAUUGCAGAAGAGGAGAGGAAAAAGAGAGAGGAAGCUGAAAAGAUUAAAAACGAGAGGAAAAAGAGAGAGAAAGCUGAAAAGAUUGCAGAAGAGGAGAGGAAAAAGAGAGAGGAAGCUGAAAAGAUUGCAGAAGAGGAGGGGAAAAAGAGAGAGGAAGCUGAAAAGAUUGAAAAAGAGAGGAAAAAGAGAGAGAAAGCUGAAAAGAUUGCAGAAGAGGAGAGGAAAAAGAGAGAGAAAGCUGAAAAGAUUGCCCUCUUUCCUGUUCCAGCCGUCGUAUCUUCCAGCAGCACAAUCACUACAACUACGUUCCACUUCAACAAAAUCACAAAGUUCAACGUUCCACAAAAGGCAAACAGGUUACUUCUGAAAGUAAGCCCUUACUCUGAGACUGGCUUUGACGUCUGGUCUCCACUCUUCUGA